ACCAAGGAGCGCUCCGUUCGCCUCAUCGGCUCGUUUGUUUGGUUGUUUUUAACCAGUGCGAGAUUUUAGAAAGAAUAACAUCAGCCCCAGACUUUAGUUUCUGUUGUGAAAGUUGUCUUUAAAAAAAAAAAAAGGGAUAAACAAACAGUUCAUCCCUCAUCUGUGAACCUGAGAGGACUUCAGCUGGACUGGACUGGCUCGGAAUUGUAAAGAAAUGACCACCAACAAGCGGAUCCUGUGCGCCCUGGGGAACGGCCCCGCUCGCCGGAACCUGUUCGGCCCGGUGGACCGGGAGCAGCUGCAGGUGGAGUACAAGACCGCCCUGCAGAAAGACCUGGACGAGGCCUCCCGGCGCUGGGGCUUCGACUUCAUGUCAGACAAGCCCCUGGAGAGCGGCGACUUCCACUGGGAGGGCGUCCCGGGGACCAAGGUGCCCCCCCUCUACAGGCCCUGCAUGCUGGGCGUGGGGCAGGUGCAGGUAGGCCAUCAGAGGGCGGCCAAGAGGUCCGACACACCCAAAGGAGGAAGGGCGGAGUCGUCCAAGAGCGACAAGGAGAACAUUCCUGGUUCACCAGAGAGAUGUGGAUUCAACCUGGAGAACAUGGAGAAAACGCCCAAGAAGAGUGAAAACACGGGCAUGAAGAGGAAACAGACAAACCUUAAAGAUUUCUAUCAGUCCAAAAGAAGAGUAGUUUGGAUGCCGCGUAAAUCCGGCGAGUGAUAUCCGGUGUGACUUGCUGCAAAGGUGCCAACAUUCCCUGAUAACCACAUUACCAGGACCUCUCUCAGGAAUCCAGCGUUCUGCACACAAACACUCGCCGGCCCCUCAUUCACCCAGCGAUUCAUCUGCUAACAGAAGGAACUCAACUACAUCUCAUUACCAGACGGUUAAUUAGGGUACUGUACUCACUCUGAGAGGGGUGGCUUUUUUCCCAGUGGUAAGAACGGGACAUUUGAGAAGAGGAGAUUAACAGUAAUCUCUUGAAUCGGUGGAUUUUCUCCUCAUUUGGAUGGAGGGGUUGCCAGAGUGUUGCCUGCCACUUCCUACUGUACAUCCCUCAGAGCUGAAAACACGCGUCUCUCCUUUGCAGUGCAGAGACUGAGUGACUGAACACACGACUGGACACACUUGAACCGGAUGUCAGGUUGUUUUAACUCAUGCUGUCUUGUAUUGUAAUCAAAGGGUGUUUCGCAGAGGAGGCUGCAGAAAAACUGAAAACGGUAAAGAAAGGAGGAAGUUCUUUGGCAUCUUUGGUCCACUGUUGUGUUGUUUCGAUGUUUUGUUUGUCUUUUUUUACAUGUUUCAUAAGGGCUGGGAGUCGUUUUUUUUUUUACUCUCCAAAGUGUAUUAUUCUUUAUAUAUCCAGUUGUACAAUCAUGCUUUAUCUACCAUUAUGUAUGUACUAAUAGGAGAAUGCUUGAAGAGAUCUGACAUCUUGAACAUGCAGUUGCUUUGCUUAGAUUUGAGCGACAGAAGUGCCAUCGUUAUGUCCUGUACCAUCCUUUUUCUGUUUUUUACAUCUACUGUAUGUUAAGUAUUUUUUCCAAGCAUAGCCCACACAGAUGCCCUGUCCAGAAUUUAAUUUAACAGCACCAGAUAAUGUAGGAUGAGAGUGUAGCACCGUGUUUUGGAACCCUGAAACACUUGUAUGUAGAGACACAAAUAUGUAUAUAUGUCAGAGAUUUAUCUAUAGAGUUUAAUAGAACAUUAUUAAGUAGCAAAAUCAUGGAAAACACUGCAAUAUUGCACAUAAAUCUGAAGGGGGGCAUAAAACGCACCCUGUAUAAAGUGCCUUUCUGGCUAUUUGAAGCUCCACAAAGGACAAUCAGCAUAAUGUGUUCUCAGAAAGAAAAAAAAAAUCAUGUAGUUUUCAGAAAGCUAAAAGCUGUUCGCUUUAUUUCCUUGUGUUUGGAAGCACAGUGCAAUUUAAUAAUGUGUUAUAUCUGCCUCAAAUCAAAAAGUAUGCUUCGUCAUGACAUGUAUUUGUGUCGAUGUUGGCAAAUCUUGCUGCUAUGGAUAAUCUGGUGUC